CUUUCCUCCAUUUUCACCAUUUCUUAUCUGUCUCAUUCUUACUCUGAACCAAACCCUAAACCCUAGUCUUCAUUCGUCAAUGGCUUCAAUCAACUUUAACCCCUUUGAAAACUGGUUUAAUAAACCCUCAAACCCUCUCGCACCCAUCAAUCUCCACUCGUUUUCGCAACCCUUCCCAUUCUUCUUCAGCAAACGAUCCUCCACUCCAAAUUUUGCUUCAAUUUCAUUAAAACCCUUCAAGUCAAAGUCCCCAAAACCCAAAUCCGAUUCGGAACCCGAAAAGCCUGGAUUUUAUAUGCAAUUGAUGGAGCAAUACUACUGGGAAUGCGAGAACCUCCCGGAUUAUCGCCACACUCCAGAAGUUGAAAAAAUCCUGAGUGAAGAUCCCAUUUUCGAGAGGAAGGAGAAUCCAACCGAAGAGGAAAUUAAAGAGAACGAGGAGUGGUGGAAAGCGUUCCGGGGCAGCCCGGUAGUCCAAUUUUUAACCCGAGGCGAGGAGAUAAGGGAUCAUAUUAAUGAAAUGGAGCUGAAAGCGAAUGAUACUCCUUAUAGACGCGAGGACAAGAAGCUGUGGCAAGCUCUUCCGCAUGUAAUUGGAUUGGACGGCCGGCCAAUGCCCAGAAAAGCGAUAAAAACUAAGGAAGAGAGUGAUAAUAAAUUUUGGGAUUUUAUGAAGCAGUUCUUGUUUGGACUCUGGGGUUUUAGACAACGGCCCUACCCGCCGGGCCGGCCCAUCGAUGUUGCUCAGGCAAUUGGAUACAAGCGGCUCGAGAAGCGUUACUAUGACUUUAUUAUGAGGAGUGGAGGCUGGUACUAUAAGGAUCGGUUGGGGCGAACGAGGGGGCCGUGUGAGCUCAUACAGCUUAAGACUGCAUGGGGUGGUGGGAUUAUUGAUAAGGAUACUUUCAUAUGGGGCGAGGAUAUGGAUGAAUGGGCUCCAAUUCACAUGGUGUAUGGCUUGGAAAAGGCCAUUGCUACUUGGGAAGUUAGGCUUGGUGCUGCAGCUACAGAAUUCCUUCACAAACUUCAAAAAGGUAUUCCUCCAUGGGUUCCUCUUAAGGGACGAGAGAACAAAACCUAUAAACAGCUCCAAGAAGAAGCUUUGGAGGACCGGAGACGUGAUUUAGCAGUGCUGAGAGCUAAUGAUGGUGUUUGGCCAGGAAUUAGAAUUCCUAGUUAUGUGCUUUUUCUUUGGGCUAGUGGCUCUGAACUAACAACAAUAUUGGAAUCUGACCACAUGCCAAACAAAUUUAUUCCAAAAGAUCUCAGGAUCCAACUGUCAAAAAUUAUCCCUGGGUUAAGGCCAUGGGAGGUUCUAAGCAUUGAGCAAGCCAUGGAUCAGAUUACUUAUAACGGAGAGUGGUACCGUGAGCCACUUGGUACCUUCACAACAGGCCCUCCUUACAUCCAAAAUUGGAAUGAAGAUGUUAUGGAAUUGCUUGAGUCUUACCAUGAAAUCAGCUCCCUAACUUAUCAAAAGUUGUGUGAGACAAUUCCUGGUUUCGAAACUAUAAUGGAGAAAGUUGAAGCUGAUGCUGCAGCAAGAAAGGCCAGAAGAGAGAAGUUAAGGAAGCAAAUAGGACCAUUUGGCCGUAUUGAGAAUGAGCCUUAAACUCACUAUAGUAUCGAAGUCUUGCAAGCUUGACUGGUGUUGCUCAUUGCCCCGCUACUGGAAUGCAGUCUUGCUUCACGGGGACUUUUGCUGGGAUUACUGAUCAUGUUUCUUCUAAAACCAAGGAUGAUCAGAUCAUUGUCCAAUUGUGGUGAUAAGUCUAAUCUGUAACCUUGAGCAAGUCUGAAACUGAGAGCAGAAACAUUUGUAUUUCUCAUUGAACUGUUCUCAUUGCUGAGAAAUAUAAUUAAGUUUUCAACAGAAACUUAUGUAGCCUUAUAUUUGCUUUGUUGAGCGUUAGCAUUUAUGUGCCCACUGCAGUUAGAAACUCUGGAUGGGGCCACGACUGUUUUGUAGAAAGCAACAGAAAUUAUUGUUCCCAAUUCUUACUCAUAUAGCUAGAACUGAA